GAAGAGUUGCCAUUACUGAAGAUUCUUAAUGCCAGAUAAUCAACCUACUGCCGAAUAACCAUGAAAGAGAUGAGGUAGCUGCCCAAGCGUGAGAUAAAAACUGAUUUCAAUGGAUACAAAAUAUAAAGACGAUUUAUUUAGGAAGUAUGUACAGUUCCAUGAAUGCAAACUGAAUGCCUCUGACAACAAGCAGCGUCCUAUUAAUGAUGAGUAUUUGCGAGUGGCAGCAGCAGCCUUACUUUGCCUUCCCAAAAUUGAUCCCUUUUAUAGAUUCCGGUUGAUAAAAUUUUACGAGAUGGCUGAAAACUCACUGAGAUCUGUGAAAUCCUCAAGUUUACAUUCUCUCCGUAAUGCAUUCAGCAUGCUCGAGACAGUUGGAAUUAAUCUCUUUCUUUACCCUUGGAAAAAGGAGUUCAAAAAUAUUAAGACCUACACUGGACCCUUUGUUUAUUAUGUAAAGUCUGCUCUAACUGAAGAUGAUGUAAGGCAGAUUUUGAACUACAUGGGCUAUGUCCAAGAACUGGGAACAAUGUAUAAGCUCAAAGAGCAGGUUGAUGCCAUUCAGGUGAAAAUGGUUUCAUUUGAACUCUUUUUGGCCAAAGUGGAAUGUGAGCAGCUUCUCGAAAUUCACUUGCAAGUGAAGGAUAAAGGUUAUUCAGAGAUUGAUGUCAUAAAUGAAAGGAAAAAUUGCAAUGAAGAUGUUAGAGGCUGCUCAGAAGCCAUGAAACGGCGUGUGGAGUGCAAAGAAAACUUAAACACUUCGAUGGCACGAAUGGUACUCCAGAAAUCAGCGAGCGAACGGGCCUCUAAAGAUUAUUUCAAGCCAAAGGUGAGCAAGCCUUCUAAAUCAGUGGACACAUAUGAUAAUUAUUGGGAAAGUAAGAAACCACCUUUGAUGAGCUCACUGAGUCUCAGGAAAGAACCAAUUCUAGUUGAUGCGGAAGAUGACAUCAAAGAUGAAAUUAUCCGUCCGUCACCCUCUCUUCUGACGAUGUCAAGCUCCCCACACGGGUGCUCAGAUGAAUUCUUGCCAACUUCAUCUCAUCACAAUGGCAUGCUAAGAGCAAAUGUCCCUUACAGCUCCUAUUUUUCUGCUCAAGAGGACUUAGAUUUAUAUACUGAUCCCGAUUCUAGAAGUAUGUUAAAUUUUAAAAGACAAGAAGCUAUUAAGCCUGAUGUAUGGCUGUUAAGAAAUGAUGCCAACCCUGUUUACCACAAGCGUACCCACCUAGCCAAAGAGACAGCUUCCCUCAAGUGCCAAAACUGCGGUGUACCUUGUGGCACUUCUGUUUGCCAAAAGUGUGACAAUCUGUUCAACUCUAGGCAAGAAUAUCCAGCAGUGAAACAGAGCACCUACUCAAUCAAACCACUUCCAAAUGAUGGCUUGUCUCCUGUGUCUGCUUUAAGGGAGAAAUCUCAGUACACAUCACAGACUCAGAGUCAAGAGAGAGCUGCUCCAUUCAGUUCAAAAUCCAAACCUUCGGGCACCUCCCGCUGUGGCUUUUGUAACCGAUCUGGAGCUGCAAACACUUGCACGUUUUGCUCCAAAGUCUCAUGUGACACUUGCCUCAAUGCUUACUAUUACGAUCCCUGCUGUAGGAAGAGCGAGCUUCACAGAUUCAUGCCUAACAAUCAGUUAAACUAUAAAUCAUCCCAGCUGUCCCAUGUAGUGUAUAGAUAGACUUGAUUAGUCUGUUUUGGAGGGGAAGGAAAGGGGGAGGGGAAAGGGCUAUCCUCACUAAUGUACUGACUCCACUGAUAAGGAAAUACACUGACCUCCUACCAAAAUGACACGUCCAAAUAUUUGGAACCAUGGUUCAGUGAUCAGGUGCCAGUUCUUGAUUUUUUUUGUGGCUUCACAGAUGCUGCAGAUACAUCAGAUUUCAUGCUGCUAUAAUUUAGGUAACUCCUAAAUGAUCAUUACUUUUCAAUUUGAAGGGGGAGAAGAGCACAUUUUUCUUUAAAACUUGGCAGCUGUUGCAUUUUAGAAAAGUGACAUCGCGCCUUUCUAUUACAUUACAGUCAUCUCCUUGCCCAAAUAAAACCAUGCAAGGCUUGAAAAUAAAAUCUAAAGAUUAAGAUUCUCAUUUUCUAUGAGCGAUGAAGCUACUGCCGGUUUUUGAUACAGUAUGACUUUAAAAUGUGCAAGAAAUACGUGAAUGGCUUGUUUUGCCAACAAGGACUAUUUUUUGAAGCGUGUCUGCAUUUCUUGAUCUCCGAAAUGCAAACACCACAGCAUCUCUUCCUUUCGUCUUUCUGUUUCGUCCUUCUCCCCUUAUCUCCUGGUUGUUUCUCUCGAGCUUAUAUCAUCUGAAUCUGGACAAUACGUGCUUUAUUUUCUGGUGUUGCCAAGAUCAUGCUACUGGUUUUUACUGUAUGGUAUUUUAAAAAAGGUGAGCCUGUAUUCACGUCACUUAAAUUAUGCCGAGAGUGUUGUCCUUCCAGAUGAGUACUAAUUUUCUUUACUUUCUGUUGCACAUGUAUUAAGUACUGUUCUUUGUACUGUAAAUAGGUAAUUUGGAAACAGUUUAUUUUUAAUAAAUAUUUAAUAUGUUGAGUUCUUAAAA